ACAAUUUGGGCCUUAAAAUUUUACUUGGGCUGAAUUAAGCAAUUGAGCUAAGCGGUCUACAAGAUUCAAGCUUGAGUUUUUAUAGGCUUGUCGAGUUUCAAGCUCGAGCGGAGUCGAGCUCGAGUUGAGUCGAGUCUUGUACCGAGCUCGAGCUCGAGCUCAAAUUUUCAGGCUCGUCGAACUUCGAGCUCGAGCCGAGCCUAUGCUUAAGAGUUUCGAGCUCGAGCCGAGCCUACCUAAGCUCGGUCUCGGCUCGGCUCGGCUCAUUAACACCCCUAGUAGUCAGAUAUUAACACACUCCGUACUAAAACCCCGGGAAAAUUGGGGUCUUUGGAUCUCCUCCAAAUAUUCUUCCCCGUUUCUCUCUCAUCAAUCUUGAUCCAUUUUCAACUCAAUUUUAGUAACUCUGAGAUAAACCCAGAAGAGAGAAUCCAUUAAAAUGGAAUGAUUAUGAAUUUGAAAAAGAUGAAGAUUUCAGUGUUAAUUUCAGUUGGGGUUUUCUUGUUUGCCCUAUUUUUUCUCUCCUCAUCAACCGCACAAACUACGACUAAGGAGGACUGCAAGGCAUGGCUGGUUCAAUCAAUCCCCACCGACAUGUCUCAUCUCUCUCUGAUUCCCGGAGUUCUUUCCACUGCUGAUGUCUUCCGGUGGUUGGCUGGUAACUCAACUAAAAAGCUGGAUAUCAUGGCUCAAUACUGGCAAUUGGUUGCUGGACCAGAAAAUCCUCUUUCAGGGGAUUAUGGUUACUCAGAAGAAGAAAUGGAAAGCUUUGGUGCUCAAGAAGGUUUUGGUGUAUAUAAAGCCAUUGUUAAGGCUGCUGACCGCAAUGUCAAUCUCAGGCUUUUGCAGCACUCAGGUGUGUAUCCUGAUUAUACCAAAGAACCAUCUGACCUUGCGAUAGGAAGACCAAAUGUGAAGAACGUUACACUAUUACUUGGCAAAUGGUGGGGAUCUGGCAUAGUUCAUGCUAAAGUUUGGAUAUCAGAUGAACGUGAUGUAUACAUUGGAUCUGCCAACAAUGACUGGAAAUCUCUCACUCAGGUUAAAGAAGCUGGUGUCUACAUUUCUAAUUGUCCAAGUAUUGCCAAGAAGGUCGAGAUUUACUAUAACAACUUGUGGACACUUGGUUCACUGGAUGCAUCAGCACAUACAAUAACAACCUGGGAUCGACGUUGGCAGAUAAAUAGAACAGUUCCUUGUUGGUCGCAUUUUGUUGCUCCAGAAGAAAGAUGCAAAUCUCCUCUUCCUCAUGAUUAUGUCAAUAUCAAACAUGUAUAUGGAUACCCUUUGCUCUCAGACCCUCAUAUGUUUCAGCUACCUAUUCAGACUCCUGGAUACAGCAAUGGUUCAACUCCCCAGCUUUCCUCCAGCUAUCUCUCUUUUGCUCCUCCUGAGCUCUCCUUUGGAAAAUUCCAGACUGAUGAACAAGCAUGGUUGGAUACAAUAACAUCUGUAGGAACUGGAGCUGUUGUUAGAAUCAGUACAAUGGAUUGGCUUGGUCAAUCUCAAUAUACAGAACAAACCGUUUACUGGUCGUCUCUUUCUUCUGCUAUAUCAGAGGUGGUCUUCUCGAAGAAGGCAACAGUCCAGCUCCUUGUGGCACGAUGGGCGCAUUUUAUCAACAACACGGAUCAAUAUUUGAAAUAUCUACUAUACACUAAUGUCUUGUGCCAUUCAUCAAUGUAUAACCACUGCUCAGGCAAAGUGGAAAUCAAAUACUACGAGGUGCCUGGUUACAAUUCAACAGGGCCAGCUGUUAGAAAUGGUACUAAAACAGGGAAUAUGUAUCCUGGUUACACGAGGGUGAAUCAUGGGAAAUAUGCAGUCAGCGAUGUGAGAGCUCACAUUGGGACAAGCAACCUUAUAUGGGAUUAUUUCUAUACAACUGCUGGUAUCAGUUUUGGCACUUACAACCCUGCCAUUGUUUCCCAACUUCAACAAAUCUUUGAUGCUGAUUGGAACUCCCCGUAUGCUGUUUCUGUCGAACCGCUGCAAGAAGUUGAUUCUUAUUCAAGCUGGUGAUGCUCUUCCUCAGCAAAGAGAGGACGCAGACAAGCUGCGCCGCUGCACCAAUUUUUUUGGAUCGUUGGCCUCAGCUGUAUUGCUUUCAGCAUUCUCUUAAACCAUCGGAAAUAUUCCGUCUGUUCAUGGACCUAGAUACUGGAUAAUAUACGAGCACUUGCCGCAUAGGAUGUGUGUUGAUGUUGGAGGAGGGGAGAUUCACUUAGAAAAAUGAACUCUGAUACUUAAGAUGCUUGAAAUUCCACCUCCUAAGUCCUAACAUCAUUAAAUCUAUUUUCGUGAACAUCCUUCACAAGUGAGUUUUUUUUUGUACAUUUCUCCGGUUCAGACUCUUGUUUGAUAACCAUAAAUCAUUCCAUUUACAUGAGUUUUUAUUUCUUACAA